CAACCACUCCUCCUCCUCCGCCGGCCGGAGCUGCGGCACCAUCAUGCAGAGCCCCGCAGGAGGCGCUCUCUGCCGCCCUAUCGUGUCCCCUUGCUGCAGUGCCCCAAUGUCUGUCCCUGGAGGCAGGAGGCCGUCUAUUGGUUCGCGUAGGCGAGCUUCGCCUCCUGCCUCUAUGAGGGACCCGUAUGGAACAUCCUCUCUUAGCAGUAGCACCUCCGGCUCCUACAAAGGAAGUGAUAGCAGUCCUUCUUCCAGGCGGUCAAAUAAAUACAGUCUAUGCAGUGAGAACCAUGGAAUAAAGCCCCCCACCCCAGAACAAUAUCUCACCCCCCUGCAGCAGAAAGAGGUCUGCAUCCGCCACCUGAGGGCGAGACUGAGGGACAUGCAGGAGGCAAUACAUGACAGAGACUCGGAGGUCGAUGAGCUGCGCUCCCAGCUGAGCCGGAUGCAAGAGGACUGGAUAGAGGAAGAGUGCCAUCGGGUGGAAGCGCAGUUGGCGCUGAAGGCGGCACAGAGGGAAAUCCAGCAGCUCCGGGAGGUCAUGGACGAUGUCCGGGGAAGGCUAGGAGAAAACGAAACGGGGGUCCAGAAGUAUUUUGCCGACAUCACGUUGCAGAACCGUAAGCUGGAAAGUCUUCUGCAGAACAUGGAGUUGGCGCAGGAUGGAGUGCCGUGUGGGGCAGAAGGUGGAGGUUCCGCCGGGGACUCGCCUGCCCGCUCUCUCACCCGCAGCUCUACCUACACCAAACUCAGCGAGCCUCCCGUGGGAGAUCGCCACUCUCAGGACACUGGGGAUAGCGGGUACGCGGACAGCAGCGCUGUCUCUUCUGGCACAGAGUUCUACCUUGGCGAGGGACCUUUGUGUCUCAGUGUGCCACCACCUCCGCUGUGUGCUGAGGCUGCUGUUCAGGCCAGCAGCAUGAGUGACUGUGCUGUUCAGACGGACGAAGCUGCGGGCACCCCUGAGCCAGACGCAAUCCUAGAGAAGCUCCUGCAGUCACAGAUGGCUGGCACCCCUACGUCCCAGGACCCCAAAGAGCCAGAAGCCUCCAAUCCUGACUCAAGCUGUGUAGUGCUGGUCACUGACGGAGCCUCUGGGGCUGAAAGCGGGGAGGCAGAGGUCCCUGAUGCACCGCUUACUUACUGGAGUCGUCACUUUGUAGUGGACUUAUUGGCUGUGCUGAUCCCUGUGGUACCCACGGUGGCCUGGUUAUGCCGCGCGGAGAGGCGCCAAGGACAGCCAGUGUAUAACAUCAGCUCCCUGAUGCGCGGCUGCUGUACAGUCGCUUUGCACUCCAUUCGCAGGAUCAGCUGCCGCCCAGUCAGUGCCUCCACAAGCCAGCCCUAACUCUGGCUGCCCCCCCCCCCCCCGCGCACCCUAAACCUUCGCACUUUGAUGACUCUGCCGCCCCCUUUGUAGAUGCAAAGAUUGUCUGUGAACUGGAGGGGUAGAAGGAAGACCUAUUUUGCAGAGGAUAAUCAGUGAUCAGACUUUAUGGAAUGUAUCUGAGUAAAAAUGAAAACAGCAAGCAUCCUAAGAUGAAGAGUCCAGUGUUGACUGAGGGGGACUUUGACUGUCACGGUUGAGGGGGGGGCUAUUGGGUUAAUUUACUCAGAUGCCAGUCCACAUAGUUCAUAUUGUGCGAUUGGUUGUGUCCAGACACGGGAGAUGUGUAUGUACCCCAUGUCACCUGACCACCUACACCUGUCUGUGUCUCUAGAGUGUAAACUAUCCUAUAUGUCACAUGUACACACACAUGCCAUGCCACCUACUGUCAUGUGUGCAGUUCCUGUGCCCGUGUAUGCUUGCACACCGCAGUAUCUGGUGGGGAGCUAAGGGAGCAAUGCAUUGCCAUUGAAUGUAUUCUGUACAUAUAUGUUGUGUGCGUGGACCAGUGCUGUGUAUAUGUAGACGGGUGCAUGCCACGUGCUGGACUGCACUGGUUCGAGGCCCGACUAAUGCCACCUUGAUGGUUCUUGUCCCUUGCUCUUACCCAUUCCCUAGCAAUUUAUUAUUGAAUUUGAGGGUCCCCCCCCCCCCCUUUUUUUUUUUCUUCCUUGCUUCUGUUGGACAUUUGUCCCCAGGUGUGACCUUGCCAUGUGUGCCCCUGCCAUGUGUGCCCCAGACCCCAUUGUGCUUGUAGAUGACAUCAGACAGAUAUUUUAUUGCAUACCUCUGUACCAUGGAGUGCAUGUAGGCCCAACCACACUCCUACCUCCCCUUUAUUGUGUUACUUUCUCCAUGUUGUAUCAUUAUUUAGGGGCCAGCGCACACACCUGCUAAAACAUUCCUAAAUCUAUUUGCCAAAGUUUAAGCUGAGAGGUGGAAUACUAAAAUACAUCUUUCCUUGCAUUUGGCUGACUUCCUGUCAGUAAUCAGUAUUGAAGUUGGUCAGUUUAUGCAAUCGGCUUAUUAUGACUGAUCCCAUAGAGCAGGGGUCUCCAAACUGUGUAAAGCAAAAGGG